UCACUUCCUCUUUUGACUCCAUUUUCUCUUUCUUUCAGUAACCCCAUUGCCCUCAAAGCCAAAUACAAAACAUACAAACCCAGCUUUUCUCUCUCUCUUCUCUAAAACCAGAGCUCAAAGCUCUCUCCUUUAAUGGCAGGCUCAUACCUUACACACCUCCCUUUGUUUCUCUUGUUUUCAUUGUUAUAAUAAACAAGUUCAAAAUUUCCAACCAUCCCUACAAAUAUGAGACCUUUAUUUGUCUUUCUCACCUUCACCGUCACCUUUCUUAUCUGCUUUGAAGUUCUUGUGGUGUCUUCUUUAAACAGCAAAGAUUCUCAGUUACUGCUCAGCUUCAAAGCUAGCUUGCCUGACCAAUCUGUGCUUCAAAGCUGGGUACCUAAACAAGACCCUUGUAGCUUCAAUGGUGUAACAUGCCAAGACUCAAAGGUUUCCUCUAUUGAACUCAGUGACACCUCCUUGAGCACCGAUUUUCACUCUGUUGCUGCCUUCCUUUUAGCGUUGGAAAACUUGGAAUCCCUUACUUUGUUGAAAGCCAACAUCUCUGGCAACAUUUCUUUCCCUUAUGGAUCCAAGUGUAGCUCCUUGUUAACCAGUUUGGAUCUGUCUCAGAACACCUUGUCUGGUCCCCUUUCAACCCUUUCCACCUUGGGUUCUUGCCCAAAUUUGAAGUCUCUCAAUUUAUCAACCAACAAACUCGAGUCUUCUGGUGAAGAACAAACCAGGGGUUUGCAGCUAAGUUUGGAAGUUCUCGAUCUUUCUUUCAACAAGCUGUCGGCUGGAAACUUGGUCCCUUGGAUUCUUCACGGUGGUUGCAAUGACUUGAAGCACUUGGCUUUGAAGGGAAACGUGAUUACUGGUGACAUAAACGUCUCCAACUGCAAAAAACUCAAGUUUUUGGACGUUUCUUGGAACAAUUUCUCAAUGGGGACGCCAUCAUUUGGUGACUGUUUAAGUUUAGAACACCUCGAUGUGUCUGCCAACAAGUUUUCCGGUGACAUUGGUCGUGAAAUCUCUUCAUGUCUGAACUUAAACUUCUUGAAUCUAUCUAGCAACCAGUUUUCCGGUCGGAUUCCAGGUUUACCAAUAUCCAAAUUGGAACGUCUUUAUUUAGCCGGUAAUAAGUUUCAAGGACAGAUUCCUCUGUAUCUGACUGAAGCUUGUGCAACUCUUGUGGAGCUGGAUCUUUCUUCAAACAAUCUUUCUGGUAUGAUUCCUAGUGGCUUUGCUUCUUGUUCUUCUUUGGAAUCUUUCGAUGUAUCCACCAACAACUUCACUGGUAAACUUCCCAUUGAGAUAUUCCAGAAUAUGAGGUCCUUGAAGAAGCUUGGUUUAGCUUUUAAUCACUUUUCAGGCCCUUUGCCUGUGUCUUUGUCAAGUCUUUUGAAGCUGGAGGUUUUAGAUCUCAGUUCAAACAAUUUUUCAGGGCCAAUUCCUGUUUCUUUGUGUGAAAAUCCCACAAACAGGUUACAAGUUCUGUAUUUGCAGAACAAUUACUUGACUGGGUCGAUUCCAGCUAGUCUCAGCAAUUGUUCUCAGCUUGUUUCUCUCCAUUUAAGCUUCAAUUACCUUGAAGGUACCAUCCCCACCAGCUUGGGUUCUCUCUCCAAGCUUAAGGAUUUGAGGCUGUGGUUAAAUCAGCUCCAUGGUGAAAUCCCUCAAGAGCUAAGUAACAUUCAGACGCUUGAGACCUUGAUUCUUGACUUCAAUGAGUUGACCGGGCCGAUACCUUCCGGUCUAAGCAACUGCACCAAGUUGACCUGGAUUUCUUUAUCCAACAAUCGGUUCACCGGUGAGAUACCUGCUUGGCUUGGCAAACUUUCAAGCCUUGCAAUUCUGAAGCUCAGUAAUAACUCGUUUUACGGAAGAAUCCCACCUGAGCUUGGUGAUUGUCAAAGCUUGAUAUGGUUGGAUCUUAAUACCAAUCAGUUGAAUGGGACUAUCCCUCCGGUGUUGUUCAAACAAUCUGGUAAAAUAGUUGUCAAUUUUAUUGCUGGGAAGAGGUAUAUGUACAUCAAGAAUGAUGGAAGGAAAGAGUGCCACGGGGCCGGGAUUUUGCUCGAGUUCGCCGGGAUCAGGCAGGAACAGUUGAAUAGAAUUUCCAGCAGAAACCCUUGCAAUUUUAACAGAGUCUAUGGAGGUCACACGCAGCCUACAUUCGACAAUAAUGGUUCCAUGAUAUUUCUUGAUCUUUCGUACAAUUUUCUGUCUGGGUCUAUUCCGAAGGAGAUCGGCACGAUGCCAUAUCUGUUUAUCCUGAAUUUGGGCCACAACGAUAUCUCUGGUAACAUCCCACAAGAGAUUGGGAACUUGAAGGGACUUGGCAUUCUUGAUCUUUCUUACAACAGAUUGGAAGGGUCAAUUCCACAAUCCAUGACUGGCAUCACUCUGUUGAGUGAGAUUAAUCUGUCGAACAACCUUCUCUCCGGCAUGAUUCCGGAAACCGGUCAGCUGGAGACGUUUCCGGCUAGUGAUUUCUUUAACAAUGCAGGUCUCUGUGGGGUCCCUCUUCCUCCCUGUCGAGAUCCAGCGGCUGCUUCGAGUUCCGAGCAUCGGAAGUCUCAUCGCAAACAAGCUUCUCUUGCAGGGAGUGUGGCGAUGGGACUGUUGUUCUCUCUUUUCUGCAUCUUUGGUGUGAUUGUAGCUAUUGUGGAGACCAAGAAGAGAAGGAAAAAACAGGAUUCUGCUCUUGAUGUUUAUAUGGACAGUUAUUCCCACUCCAGCACUGCGAAUACCAGCUGGAAGCUAACUGGUGCACGAGAAGCAUUAAGCAUCAACUUGGCCACAUUUGAAAAGCCCCUUCGGAAGCUUACCUUUGCUGAUCUUCUUGAAGCCACUAAUGGCUUCCAUAAUGACAGCCUUAUCGGCUCCGGUGGUUUCGGUGAUGUUUAUAAGGCCCAACUGAAAGAUGGGAGUGUUGUUGCUAUCAAGAAACUAAUACAUAUCAGUGGACAAGGUGACCGAGAAUUCACAGCGGAAAUGGAAACCAUUGGGAAGAUCAAGCACCGGAACCUCGUUCCACUCUUGGGUUACUGUAGGGUGGGUGAAGAACGGCUUCUAGUUUAUGAGUACAUGAUGUAUGGAAGCUUAGAGGAUGUUCUACAUGGCCAAAAGAAAGCUGGGAUCAAGCUGAACUGGGCUGCAAGGAGGAAGAUCGCCAUUGGAGCUGCAAGAGGGCUGUUGUUUCUUCACCAUAAUUGCAUUCCUCAUAUAAUUCAUAGGGACAUGAAAUCAAGCAAUGUCCUACUUGAUGAGAACUUGGAAGCCAGGGUCUCCGACUUCGGGAUGGCUAGGCUUAUGAAUGCAGUGGAUACGCAUUUGAGUGUCAGCACGUUAGCGGGCACCCCUGGCUAUGUUCCUCCUGAAUACUACCAGAGCUUCCGAUGUUCCACCAAGGGCGAUGUUUACAGUUACGGUGUGGUUUUACUCGAGCUACUAACGGGAAAACGGCCUACGGAUUCAGCCGAUUUUGGUGAUAACAAUCUUGUUGGAUGGGUGAAACAACAUGCUAAACUCAAAAUAAGUGAUGUCUUCGAUCCAGAGUUGAUGAAAGAAGACCCCAUGCUCGAGAUCGAGCUUUUACAACACUUAAAGGUAGCUUGUGCUUGCUUGGAUGAUCGACAUUGGAGACGACCCACAAUGGUUCAAGUGAUGGCAAUGUUCAAGGAGAUACAAGCAGGGUCGGGGCUUGACUCGCAAUCGACCAUUGCUACCGAUGACCGAGGUUUUAACUCGGUCGAAAUGGUAGACAUGACAAUAAAAGAAGUCCCAGAAGGUAAGCAGUAGAUGAAAACCAAAAAAAAUUCAGAAGAGAACAUUCUUUUGCAGGUGAAGAAGAAAGAAGCAGGUGGUGAUGAUGAAUUCCCACAGAAUUUUCCAUCUUCUUUACUUAAAAGAAAAAAUGGCAUACAAACUGCCCCUCCUUAGAAUCUCUACCAUUUCAUGUAUGUAUGUAUGUUGUAUCCCCCUCCCCAAAAAUCUUGUUAUACAUUAAAACAAAGAAAAAAUUGGUUGUUUAACUUGUUACAAAUUGUGUAAAUAUACAGUUCCAGUUAUUAUGCUUUUC